AAACAAGCAGUCAAAAUGAGUCGCAGCCCAGAAAGGAUGUCGUCUUACCGCCGUCAUUUCGAGGGCGCGAUGGCCGGCUCCUCUUCCCUCCAGGUGAGAGUCUCCAGCCCCUCUCCUACCCGCAAGGCCGUGCGCCCGCGCUCCGCCAGCUACAGCCGCAGCGGGGGAUCCCUCGGGCGGAGGACUCUUUCCAACUCCCUCAAAUCCCGCAUGACCAGCAGCAGUGUGAGCAUGAGGGCCUUGUGCUUCGGCAUGGGGCCGAGCCUGGACCUGGACGCGGCUGCUGCAGAGAGCCAGGCCUUCCUCAGCACGCGCUCCAGCGAGAGGCAGGAGAUGGUGGCCCUCAAUGACCGCCUGGCCUCUUAUAUUGAGAAGGUGCGCACGCUGGAGCAGCAGAACAUGCUGCUGGAGGCAGAGAUUGAUGCCCUGAAGAGCCGCUUCGUGAAGCCGUCGGGCUUGAGGCAGCUGUACGAGGGCCAGCUCAGGGAGCUCAACAGGAUUGCUGAGCAGAUGAGAGUCCAGAGGGGCCUGGCUUUGGCAGCGAAGGAGGCCAUGUCCGGCCAGUUGGAGAUGCUGAGGGUGAAAUAUGAAGAAGCUCUGGAAGCCAGGAAGAAGGCUGAGAUGGAGAUCGAAGCGUUCCGCCCGGAUGUGGACAGAGCGACCUCCGCCCGCAUCACUCUGGAGAAGCAGAUGGAGAACCUGGAGGUGGAACUGGAGUUCCUGCAGAGAGUUCAUAAGGAGGAAAGUGAGGAGUUGAUGGCCAGAAUCUUCUCCUCUGUGGCCAAGGUGGACAUGAGCUUUGCUCUUCCUGACCUCUCAUCCGCACUCAAGCAGAUUCAGUCCCAGUACAACAGCAUCGCCGCCAAGAAUCUACAGGAAAUGGAUGCCUGGUACAAGUCAAAGUUUCAGGACCUCACGAACGCGUCUACUAAACACGCACAGAGCGUUCGAAGUGUGAGACAGGAAAUUGCUGGUCACAAGAAAGACAUCCUAAACAGGGAGAGAGAUUUGGAGUCGUUGAGGACAAGGAACGAGUCACUAGAGUCUCAGAUCCGGGAUGCAGUUGAGAGGUUCAAGAGGGAGGAGGAGAAAUUGCAGGAGCGUAUUGAGGCAGUGAAGCUGGAGCUGAAGGUGACCAAGGAGAAGAUCGCUCUGCUGCUGAGAGAGUAUCAGGAGCUGCUCAACAUCAAAAUGGCGCUGGAGAUUGAGAUCACCACCUACAGGAAGCUGAUUGAGGGUGAGGACAGCCGUCUUAGCAGCAUGGUCCAGAGCCUGACCCUGGACGCCGGUGGCGAAGGAGCCUUGACCAUCAGUGCUAGCUCCGCCUCCCUUGCUGUUGGCUCCACCCCUGAUGUUGCUAACCCCACUAUGAUCGCCAUGGGGACGAGGGGCAGAGAUGAUCUGGGCGGGGCUCCCAGUAACGGUUCGGUGGAAGUGAUGUCAUCAGAGAGCCAGACAGAGAGCUACGCGGAAGAGUUGACAGAGAGAAAGACAGUGCUCAUCAGAACAGUUAAAACAGACGAGGACACACUGGAAAGGGACACACAGGAGCGCACUAUCACCAUCUCUGGAGCCGCCGCCGAAGAUGAAGACUAGAUCAGCACCUCUGGGGUUUAGGAGACCAGCUCCUGUCACCAGCCCAGCCUGCAUGGCCCCAUAACCCGGCUAUUUCCUAGUACCCAAGUCCAUUUGCUUACAUAAUAUGCUAGAAUUAUAAUCAUGCACAAAUAGUCAAUGAACUUGCCUACUUGUGACAAAUUGGAGAUAAAUCAACAUUAGGCUUCAUUUGAAAGAGUGAGGUUAAAAGUGUUGGUGAACUCCCUGCUAGCAUUAACUCUGCUGUGUGUCCAUCUCCUCUGGAUUAUGUGCAAACAAUAAAAAUAAAUGCCAAGC